AUGGCUAAGAGUGCUGCCGAGAAAAUGAAAAAGUAUCGAGAGAAAAUUAAGAAAGAUAAAGUUAAGUAUGAAGAACAGAAAAAAAAAGCUCGUAUUCGUAAUAAUUCAGCUAAAGCAAAGUUAACAGCAGCAGAAUUAACACGAUGGCGUGCCAAAAAUAAUUCUUGUCAACAAAAAUGUCGAGCCAAUAAAAUUAAACGUUUAACUAAUAAUCCUGCUCCAUCUUCAUUUAAAACUCGUCAGUCUUUUGGCAAGUCACUAAAAAAAGUAACAUCUGCUCUUCCUAAAUGUGAUAAAAAGAAAAAAGUAAUUGUUCAACAUCUUGCUCAAAAGUUUGGCAUAAUUCCUAAACCGACACACCAGCGUUCCUCUCUUGAAAUUUCUGAUAAACUGAAAAAAGCUAUUCACAGUUUUUAUAUUCGUGAUGAUAUUUCAUAUCAAUUACCUGGUAAACGCGAUACGAUUGUUGUAAAGGAUGAAUUGAGUAAUAGAACAACACAUCAAAAAAGAAUUUUGUUCAAUGAUUUACGUGAAAAUUAUGAAGUAUUCAAAGAGGAGAACAAAAAUGUUAAUUUAAGUCGUGCUUCUUUUGCUAAAUUGCGUCCAGCUUUUGUUGUUCCAAAGGCUGCUUUGGCUCAUCGCAUUUGUGUGUAUGUAUACCAUGAGAACAUAAACUUACUUUUGAAAUCAUUAGAUAAAUAUGUUAAUGGAAAAGUAUGUUCAUCUCUACAAAUCUUUACUGAUUCUUUAGUCGGUAAUUGUAAUAAUCAAGAGUGUAUGUUUGCGGCUUGUCCACUUUGUGAAGAUUUCUUUACAGAAAAAGUUGAAAAUAAUGUAACAGACGGCAAUGCUAAAAUUAAUUGGUUCCACUGGGUGAAUGAAAAUGGUCGUGCUGAAAAGAAGGCAUUUAGUGGCAGUGUCGAUGAGGCAAUGAAAUUAUUGAAAUCCAAGACGGAGCAGUUCUUAUUCCAUGUCUACAUCAAACGUGAACAGAGCAAAUAUUUCGAAAAACUGAAGUUGGAAGUGACGGAUGAAAAGGUGGUAUGUCAGGCAGAUUUCGCAGAAAACUUUGAUAUGAAAGAACAAGAUGAGAUACAGCCUGCUCAUUGGAAUACAAAAACUUUGUCUAUCUUUACAACAUAUGCUUGGUCUAAAAGUCAUGGACUGUCGUUUGCUCUACCUUCCCUUGGUGUAACACACGAUAAAUUUGUCGUUAAUUCAGCUUUGGAAAUUAUUUUAAAUCGCCUUAAUACUGUUCUUCCUAAUCUGAAGGAAAUAAACUUUUUCUCUGAUGGAGCAGCUGGUCAAUUCAAACAAC